AUGGCCCCCCGAAUUGUCUUGAUCACAGGCGCCAACAGCGGCGUGGGCUACGCGGCCUGUCGAGUCCUCGCAACGACUCCCGAGUACGAGUUCCACGUCGUCAUGACCGGGCGCUCUAUCGAGAAAGUUGAAGCCUCCAGAACAGAGAUCAUCGCCUCGGCGAAAAUCCCAGACCUUGCGUUGCGGCUCUCGGCCCUACAACUCGACGUCACCGACCCAUCGUCAGUCCGCACCGCUGCCGAUACCGUUUCCAAGAAAUGGGGCCACGUUGACGCGCUGAUUAACAACGCUGCUAUAGGCGCUCUAUCCCUUGACGACGACAUAUAUACCCGUUUCACGACGUGCUUGCAAACGAAUGUCACCGGACCGGCCGUCGUCGAAGACACGUUCCGUCCCCUGCUUCUCCAGGCACGGACAAAGCCGUACAGUGUAUUUGUAUCUUCCGGCGCGGGUUCUUUUGCGCGCACGGCCGACGUGACCCGUCAGCGUGGGCCCGAGCCCCCCAGUGAUACAAGCCCCUAUCACGUUUCCAAGGCAGCCCUCAACAUGCUCGCGCUGAAGGAGCACAUGAAGUACCGUGACGAGAUCAAGGUGUUUGCCAUGACGCCCGGUUUCGUCAUCAGCAACCUGCGCGGGACAAGCGAGGAGGAGCGCACGGGAUGGGGAUUGGCCGGCGACCCGCUUGUCGCGGGAGCGACGCUGUUAAGCAUGCUAAGGGGCGAAAGAGACGAGGACGUAGGGAGACUUGUGAGCGGUGAUGGAGUCUAUCCUUGGUAA